AUGGGAAAGCAUGCAGGUGUUAUUUAUGGAGCAGCACCUGUGAACUAUGUGUUGCUAGCAAUGGCGGAGGGAGGAUCACACAACACAGAUUUGGGACCACACUACAAUCUUGGCGCCUUCUCUUCAUUGUUUACAGGACUUGCGUUUCGUGGGAAUGAUGAAUCUAAAAAUUCAAGUAACCAGGGAAAUUUUCUUGAACUUUUCAAGUUUCUUGCUGAUCAUAAUGAAGAUGUCAAAAUGGUUGCAUUGAGCAAUGCUCCACAAAAUCUAAAGUUGAUAUCUCCUGAUAUUCAAAAAGAAAUUGUAAAUGUGGCCACAUUUGAAACUAUCAAUGUGAUUAUUAGAGAUCUUGGUGAUGCACUUUUUUCUAUUUUGAUUGAUGAAGCCCGUGACAUAUCAAUCAACGAGCAAAUGGCAGUUGUAAUACGAUAUGUUGACAAAAAAGGCCAAGUGAUUGAGCGCUUUUUGGGUAUUGAGCAUGUUGCUAAUACGAAUGCUCUCUCACUUAAACAAGAUAUGGAAAAUUUAUUCCCUAGACUUGGAUUGAGUAUUUCCAGAUUGCGGGGUCAAGGAUAUGAUGGGGCUAGUAAUAUGCAAGCUGUGGCAAAUAAUCAUAAUCAAAUUGCUUUACUUUUCACUUUGGUUUCUAAUGUGGUGAAUGCUGUUGGAGCAUCAUGUAAACGCCGAGAUAUUGUUAGGGAGAAGCAACCUGCAAAAGUUACUGAGGCACUUAUUACUGGAGAGCUAUCUAGUGGGCAAGGCUUAAAUCGAGAAACUAAUGUUAAACAUGCUGGUGAUACAUGUUGGGGUUCACACUAUGGUUCUUUAGUCAGCUUGGCUAGUAUGUUUUCAAUAGUGAUUGAUGUGCUUGAAAUGAUUUCGGAGGAUGGUUCAAAUUCAGAACAACGAGCAUUGACAAAUGUAUUGUUGGACUUAAUUUAA